AUGCCGCCAAAAAAGAAAGCUCCUGCUAAAGCCAAAAAAGAAGGAGAAGAAAAAUUGACACAGCUAGAUAAAACAUUUUACGAACUUGAAAUAGCGGAGAUCAAUAGAAGACUUGCUCGGUUGCGGGCCGAAAAUGCUGAACUUGUGCAGAAAAAUGUAGAUCUCCAAACAACCGUGGAAAGCAAUACUGUCGAUGCCGAAGAUGUCAUCGAGCACCUCAAACGAGUUGCAGAUAAUGCUGUUAGAGAAUCUGAAGAACAGAGAAUAAAGCUGAUAGCACUGCAACAAGAAAAAAAUGACGAAUCAAAUGAAUUCAAGAGGCAGAUGGAAAUAGCUCAUAAUGAUUAUAGGCAAAUGCAUGAGCAUUUAUCUAAUGAUAAAAAAUUGCUAGCUGGAAAACUUAAUAGUUUAGAAGAAUUUCGUAUAAUGCGUGACGAUCUUAUGAAGAAGUUUGCAAUGCAAGAGAAGUUUAUUGAGGAACGAGAAAAGGAAUUUCAGAGAACCAUUUAUAACUUGGAGAGACAGCAUAUACUUGCAAAAGAUCGUCUUAAAACGGAGAUGGAGCAGCGUUUAUACAAAUUGUCAUGCGAUUUUAAGAAUUCCGCUGAACUUUGCAUCGCUGAUACAACGAAACGAGUGAUUCGUGAAAAUAUUUAUAUCAAUAAUGAAAUGACGAAUAUGAUAGAAACUCAUCGCAGAUUGGAAGAUGAAAAUAAAGAAUUUAGAGAGCGCGAUCAACGAAUAAGUGCUCAAUUAUGGGAAGAGAGUGCUGAGAAAAGGCGUUUGUUUCACUGCAAACGUGUCAGUGAAGAAGUUAUACAGAAAUUGGAGAAUCAGCAUGAUAAGCUAAUGCAAGCACUGAGGGAUGCCGAAGUAAAUAAAGAUGAAAACAGGCAAAUCAGGGAGAAAUUAGCUCGAGCUGAACAUCUUAAAUAUAACGCUGAACUUAAGGUCAGACAGCUGGAGCAGAACCUACAUGCGGCAGCCUGCGAGCGCAAUCUUCUGCAGCAAAACGCCAUGACUUGGAUCAGCGAGAGGGUCAAACUACGCGAUUGUGUCAAACAUUCAACCAAUGCUGCAAAAGCAGCUAUUACAGCAUACAAACAAAAAUCAAAGGAUUUACCAGAAAGAUUGUUGACAAUAAUAUGCAUUCUUGAAUCGGCGCUAUCCGAGACCGGAUUAUUGAAAAAAUCUUCUUCAUUGGCAACCAUACCGUCCUUAGGCGUAAUAUAUCGAAACGAGGUGGGUGGGUUGAUGCCGUUGUCCGAGGCAUGCAAAGAAGAAGCCGUUCAGCGCAUAAAAGAACAAUAUACAAAGAAACCUUCCGAACCAAAAGUUGAAACUCUAAAAGAUACUAAAGUCGAAACACAUGUGACUGCGCAAGAUAUUGGAUCUGCAGGUAGUAGAAGCAUUGUAUCUACGGCAUCAUCAUUAAAAUAUUCUGGAGAAGAAGGAGAAGAAGAACGAUCAUCAGAAACAUUCUACAGUGUCGAUUUUGCUGGUGAGCUUGAUGUAUCUAGUGUGUCACGAUCUGAAUACUUGGAUGACGAGAAAUUAGCAACAUAUUACACAGUUUCUACAAUAUCUGAAGAGACAGUUACUGCUGAGGAUGAAGAAAGUCUUGAGAAUGUAGAAGAUGAUGAUGAAGAGAGCAAUCCAUGA